CUCCAUCAGUCCAUCUCAGACCACUGUAACUGCACAAGUUAGCCGGAGGAGGUCCUGUUCUGAUUGAGUCCGUCGGAGAAUCAAAGAAGCAUCAUGGUUUUAGACUACUAUUACAUCCUGCAUUCGGCUCCAUGCCGAGGCCCCAUGAUGGUCGCCAAAGCCCUUGGCAUCGAGCUAAACCUGAAGAAGGUGGACCUCCUCCAGAAGGAGCAGCUAAAGCCCGAGUUCGUCGCGAUCAACCCUCAGCACACCGUCCCGACUUUGGUUGACGGCGAUUUUACGCUUUGGGAAAGCAAAGCCAUCAUUGGCUACCUUGCCGGCCAGUACGGCAAAGACGACAGCAUCUACCCAACCGACCCCAAGAAGCGCGCACUCGUCGACCGCUUCCUCUACUACGACAUGGGCCUUCACGAGACCUUCCGAGCCUGGGCGCACCCAGUGAUGAAGGAAAAUGCCCUGCCUGACCCUGAGAAGAAGGAGAAGUUGCACGAGGCCAUCGACAAGCUGGAGCAGCACUUCAAGAGAAACUCGACCAAGUUCGUCGUCGGGGACUCUGUUUCGGUGGCCGACCACACCCUAGCUUGUGCCAUCACCACGUAUCGGGAGCUCGGCGUAGAUCUCACCCGCCACCCUGAAGUGGAGGCUUGGCUGCAGCGCUGCGCCGAUACCAUGCCUGGCUACGAAGAGAUCUGUCUCGAGGGCGCCAGGCAGAUGGCCGCUAAAUUCAAGCCCAUGCUGUCCAGGACCAAGUGAUACAUUAACAAGACCUGAUCGUGUUUCAUAGACUUAUAUCUGAUUCUUUACAAAUUCACUUCAAAUAAUGAAAUGCGAAGUAGCAUAAUGAUCAUUCACAUUACUGGUGUCAUGCACUGUCUUGAGUUCUCGAACAAUCGGCAGUAGGUGGCAUCUACUUGUAUUGUGGUUCAAUCUUGUACGUUGAUAAAUUUGAUAUAAUUGAU